CUUUCCUCCAUCUCCACCCCCCCCAUCAGCCCAUUUCUAUUCUCCUCCCCUUCCCACUCUUUAGUCGGGCUCAUCCAUGGCGUAGAUUGCCCCGUGAUCAUUAUCGAAUCCCACCCUUCCCUUCCCCUUCGUUAUGUCUUCGUCCGUUGUCGAAGCCACCGCGGAUGCUUCACCGCAUCUCCGCGUGUCCGCAGCAAAGAGCCAGGCACCGCCGACCACUACGGACAAAACACAGCCUUCGGCCAGAAUCCCCCCUCCAGAGCAAUCCGCAGUCGAAGACCAAUUCUUUUGGACCUACACGGAAGAACCGCAUCGCUCCAGGCGACAGGCCAUCAUCAAAGCCCAUCCGGAGGUUACCAAGCUCUGCGGACCAGAGCCCUUGACUAAAUAUGUCGUUCUGGGCGUUGUCUCCCUUCAGGUCUGCUGUGCGUACCUGCUCCGCGACACCUCCAUGUUCUCCUGGAAAUUUCUCGCAACGGCAUACGUGAUCGGAGCCACUGCAAACCAGAACCUCUUCCUCGCCAUCCACGAGAUCUCGCAUAACCUCGCUUUCCGGUCCGCAAUGGCCAACCGCCUGCUAGCCAUUUUUGCCAAUAUUCCGAUCGGGUUGCCCUACAGUGCUGCAUUCCGGCCCUAUCACCUCACUCACCACAAAUCUCUGGGCGUGGCAGGCCUGGACACCGAUCUUCCCACCGCGGUCGAAGCCUUCCUUCUUGAUUCGCUCCUGGGCAAGGCUUUCUUCUGCACCUUCCAGAUCUUCUUCUACGCCGUCCGACCCAUGUUCAUCUACAGCCCUCCCUUCACUUACAUCCACCUUUUGAACCUCACCUUCCAGCUCUCUUUCGAUUACGCCCUGACCAAGUUCUGUGGCGGCUCCCUCCAGCCCGUCCUCUAUCUGCUUCUCAGCUCCUUCCUCGCCGGCUCCCUCCACCCCUGCGCCGGUCACUUCAUCGCAGAACACUACUUCUUCUCCAAAAUCGGUCACGGUACCGAAUCCAUCCAAGAGCAGAAGAACCACAAGACCUCCGAGAAGCCCCAUCCUCUCGACUCUCUUCCCCCGCCGGAAACAUACUCCUACUACGGUCCCCUCAAUUUUUUCACCUACAACGUGGGCCUGCAUAAUGAACAUCACGAUUUUCCCGCCAUCCCCUGGACAAGGCUGCACGAGGUCCACCGCAUCGCCAGAGAAUUCUACGAGCCGCUCCCCUGCCACCACAGCUGGGUGUGGGUUAUUUGGACAUUCAUCCUGGACAAGAACGUCGGGAUGUGGUGCCGGGUCAAGCGAGCGCAGGGCGGCCGUCUCGUCGGAGGUGGCAGUGGUCGUGCGGGUGAGAGUAUUUCGGCUUCGUCGGCUGGUCCGGAGGAAUCGGGAGAUGGAUGGAAGGAAAGCGAGAUCCAGAACUGAUUAAUAUAUCGAUCUGCCUUUCCUAUCUCAUCCCCCAUGUCCAAAAUCUACUCUCGCUACCCCCUAGAUGUACCUACCGUAUAUACGGUGUUGAUUGAUUGACUGAUGACCCUGUGAAAUAUACUAGAGAUGAUAUCCCCCCUGUCUUCAUUCUGGGUUUAUUGUUCCCACGGAUUGACUGGCCGGUGCCGGUACCGAGCCAAGUCAAAUUUGAUAUGUUGGGAAGAACUUAUUUGCUGCCGAACUUGUGAAAUAUGCUCUUAUUAGAUCACCAUAUUUGUUUAUUUGAUUAGAAAAAGAAACCAAAUCAGC